AUGUUCGCCAAGUCGAUGCUUAUGGCCGUCCUGGGCGCUUCCGUGGUCAACGCUCACAUGAUCAUGAGCAACCCGGUCCCCUAUGGCAAGAGCACUCUGAAUAACUCCCCGCUGGCGGCAGAUGGCAGUGAUUUCCCCUGCAAGUUGCGUGACGGCACCUACGAUGUCACCACGGAGAACACUAUCGCUAUUGGCGAAUCUCACGCUCUCACCUUCGAAGGCAGUGCCACUCACGGCGGCGGCUCAUGCCAGAUCAGUAUGACCACCGAUCGCGCCCCCACCAAGGAUACCGAGUGGAAGGUUAUCAAGUCCUUUGAGGGUGGCUGCCCUGCCAAUGUCGAUGGUAAUCUCUCCGGCGGAGCCAGCUUGGCCGAUCCCUAUCAGUUCAACUUCACCAUCCCCGAGGGCAUCGAGACCGGCAAGUACACUCUUGCCUGGACCUGGUUCAACCGUAUCGGUAAUCGUGAGAUGUAUAUGAACUGUGCGCCUGUUACCGUUACCAGUGGUUCGUCCAAGCGUUCUGUUUCAGAGCGAACUCCCACUGUCGAGAAGCGCUCGGCCAAUUUCCCCCCAAUGUUUGUUGCCAACGUCAACGGCUGCACCACCAAAGAGGGUGUUGAUAUUCGCUUCCCUCAGCCCGGUGAUGUUGUUGAAUACGAUGGGGAGCCCGCUAACCUCGCCGCUGAGGGUUCCGCGGCUUGCACUGGCACUGCCACAUUCGGUGCUUCGGGUGAUACUGCGUCUGGUUCAUCGGACUCUUCCAGCUCCGGCUCCAGCUCCGGCUCCAGCUCCUCUGGCUCUGAGUCUUCGGCUGCCGCUAGCAGUGCUCCUACUGAGACUUCGUCUGCCGCUGUGGCCCCGACCACUUCUUCGGUCCCAGCUGAGACAAGUGCGCCUACCGUGCCUGAGACUGCUUCAACGUCCACUGAGGCCGCCCCCGAGGCCACGUCAUCCUCCAGCAACACCAUCUCUAGCGGUAACUCUAGCACUAAAAGCGGUACUUGUAGUACCGAGGGACAAUGGAACUGCAUCGCCGGUACCUCCUUCCAGCGCUGCGCCAAUGGCCAGUGGUCCGUCGCUCAGCAGAUGGCUUCUGGUACCGUCUGCACCGCCGGCCUGAGCUCUGACCUAACCAUCUCAGCUUCCAAGAUGGCCCGCCAUGUCUCUGAGAUGCGUUUCCGCAAGCGUAACCUCCAUGGCCACCACGCAUAA